AUGUCGACAGCACAGACCACAACCCCGUUUCCGCUACAACAGCGGCGGCCGAAGCCAAAGGGCGUCCAGAAAGCCAGGAUGAAGCAUCGCAGGCAAACGGACCACGCAGAAUCCCCGGGAUUUGAAGCUUUUGAAAACGGAUCAACCCUCUACCAGAGGUUCUUCUCUCUACCGGCCGAGCUUCGCAGCCAUAUUUUUCGCCUGCUGCUGGUCCAGCCCUGCAAAUUCGAUAUGCAUCACAACGAGGGAUGCACGAGGCUAGUACACUACGACGUAAACUGGCCUGGACCGUACUUUGAGAACCACCCACUGGCCGACCUCAAACUCUACCGAUGCGCCGAUUGCACACCCACGUCCAGUUGGCAGAACUCUACCUUGCCGGUUUUUGUAUCGCCAGUACGCAGUCGCUGGGGAGAUGCCUGGCCGAACGAGUUUUUGUGCGAUGAUUGCUGGCAUAGCAGGUUUGGCAACGUCUAUCGGCCCUCCAUGGAAACUUUGCCGUGCCUGUGCACCCGACGACAGAACUUGGAUAUCCUGCUUGCCAACAAACGCAUCAACCGAGAAGCCUCGUACGUGUUUUGGACCAAAAACCACUUUGCGUUUGAAAACUCUUGUUUGCUUAGUGGGUUUCUGUGCAAUAUCAGACCCGAAGUCCGACGGCAGAUGACGCGUAUUUCGCUAAUGGCUCAUGACUUCUUCGAAGCCAACGUUGCUGGUGUCCCAGAUGGAAAAGUCUGUUUGCCGCAUCCAACGCAUCUAAAACAACUCUGGGAGAAACUCGGUGACUGCAGUGGACUUGUUGACCUCGAGCUUGAUUCCUAUUAUCUGUCCGAUAUGUAUUAUGUCCUUGGUAUGAGGAGGCUUCAGGCGAAGAGGUCUGUCACGUUCUUUCGCCAUCCACGCGUGCAAGAGGUUGGCAAGGAACAUACCGGGCCACCUCAGCCAGGAAUACCGCAAAUGAUCUGGCCGGCGCUGGCAUUCCGACAGCCUAUAGAAGAGAGCACUAUAAAUAGGUCUGCAACACGGAAACUGGCCAGCGAGUUGGCCGAGAGCAUUGUCAGGGGACGGCAGUUGAAGAUCAGAUAUCUCAAGGGCCUGUGCAAGAAGUCGCUGGCGACUUGA